AUGGGCGACCUCCGACAACGGGCCGUGCGCUUGCCCUCGCACCACGUCCAUGAGGCCACGAUCGCACCGGCACAGCGGCGGAACGUCAGUUUGGCUCUGUUCACGCUUCUCAUCGGCAGCAUCUUCCUGCACAUCGUCGUGACGGGCAAACUCCCGCUGCCCGAUCACAUCCAGGAGCGGCUUGGCGUCGACUCGAUGCCGCUCCACCUACGUCAGUACAUCAAGCGUUGUAGCAAGGACCACCACGACAUAGCAUCGAGCAGCCGCGAUACCUCUUUCUUGCGUCCAAGCGCUGACGCCGAUCAAGUGCGUGUGGUGAACGCGACGCGAUGGGCGUGGCAGGCGUACCGCGACCACGCCUUCGGGCAGGACGUUUUUGACUCGCGGUCCAAGUCUGGACACGCGUGGAACGAACACAACAUCGGGAUCACGCUUAUCGACGCGCUUGAUACGCUCUACAUCAUUGGCAUGCGCAGAGAGUUUGAUGAAGGCAAUGGAAAGGGCGGAGCAGUAGUUACGACGACACUCGCCGAAGUUGGCUCGCUCCAGCUCGAGUUCCAAUACUUGACACAACUCACUUGCAACCAAAAGUACCGCAAAGCGGUGGACGUUGUCAUGGAUCAAUUGCUAAACGAAAUGACGUUCCGCUUUCCGGAUGGGCUCGUGCCCGUGGGCGUCGACACUGAGUGGGGCGGGGUCAACGAAGAAAGCAGCAUUUCGUUCGGCGCCGACGGCGACAGCUACUAUGAGUACCUCCUCAAGCAAUGGCUAUUCACCGACAAGCAAGACGACCGUUUUAAGGACGCUUAUGAGACCUCGAUUUCUUCGAUGCGCUCGGAGCUCAUCCGCACGGCCAACGGCCCCGGAAAACUCACAAUCCUCGGCAGUUCUGUUCUGCGCGGUGACAACACGCGGUUGUUUCAAGCCAAGAUGGACCACCUCUCGUGUUUUGUGCCAGGGAUGCUCGCUCUCGGCGCACUACACGGUAUGCCGUCAUGGCACCUUGACCUCGCCAAGGACCUCAUGCGCACGUGCUACAUGAUGUACCACGAAACGCCAAGCGGGCUGGCACCCGAAGACGUCUAUUUUGACGUUGAAGGCGAAGAGAGAGUCGUGCCACCGACGCGCCAGCCACCCGACUUUUUCUUUCCGAUUGACGAUCCGUCUAAUGUCCACGCAUUGCGACCCGAAGUCGUUGAGAGCCUCAUGUUGCUCUACCAUACGACGGGCAACGAAGUGUACCGUGAGUGGGGUCGGGAAAUUUUUCAAGCCUUCGAGACACACGCACGGGUACUUGGCGACGGCGGCUACGCAACCGUUCAUCGACUCCAUCUCAAAACGCCCCGCUCUACACACGGACUCAUGGAGAGCUUCUUCCUCGCCGAGACGCUCAAGUACUUCUACUUGCUCUUCGCCGACACGGCGGCCGUCCUGCCGCUUCUGCAAGGCUAUUAG